CUCAGUGGCGGAACGAGCGACUACAGGAACAAGAGAACAGGGAACUGCUCGCCUUCAUAUUCACGGAGACACAUUAAGAUCCGUCACCAUGGGCAUCAAGCUGUAUUACACCACCGUUACUGCAUCAAGGGAGGUCAAGUCUCAGCAGGCUGAGGUGAUCCGUAUUCUGGACAGUAAGAGCAUCCAGUAUGAAUUGAUUGACGUCGCAGUGGGAGGUGCAGUUCGGGAUGAGAUGAGGAGUAAAUCGGGUAACCCCACUGCGAUCCCGCCUCAGAUAUUCAAUGAAGACCUGUACUGUGGGAACUAUGAAAUGUUUUCUGAUGCAGUGGAGGACGACACAGUGAAAAAGUUUCUGAAGAUUGAAUGAGACCCAAACCCGGUAGCAUCCAACACCUUCUUCCUUUCCCUGCGCAAUGUACACAAUACCGAAGGGAGGCCUACCUGUCGCCCUCUGCUCCGCUGGUGGCACCCACCUACUAUGUAUCAAUGCCAUGCCACAUGCCAAACACAAUCAACUGAGAAGCACAUACCCACCCCGUUUACCCUCAACGGUCACACACAUUUCCCUUUGUGCUUUUUUGAUUAUCCUGUUUUUUGCUCUCUCGUGUUCCCUUGCAUAAAUGCCACUAAUUUGUCUUAAUCUUGUUUGGAUCUGAGCACUUGGAUUUAAUUAGGUCAACAAAUCUGGGCCGCAACCAGAUUGAACUAAUUCGCAGUCCAAGAAAUACAAGGAGUGUUUUCUGUCCAGGACCAAAAGAAAUGUUAUGAUGGCCUUCACAUUCUUUACUUAAGUACUGAUAAAUCUUUUGAAAAUUGUUAAUAAUCUGUGUGCUGAGAUUGGUUGUGUGUUGGUACCUUUAAAACACCAGCCCAUAAUUUUCAACAUAACGUGAAUCGGUUGCAUUGUAUUUUUUUCUUUUAACAGUGUUUAAGCCACUGGUGUGCUGCUUGAAACAGAUUUCUGUUUAACAUUCCCAAUUUAAAGAAUCAAAAAGUGUUCUGUUCCAUUGAACUGUGCCAAGAAAUAUCUGUGCAAAUGUGUUUUUCAUAUGGGCAUAUGCCUCUAUUCUCUGAUUAGAACAAAACUAGAUUCAUAUUCACCCUAGAAUCAAAGAAAAGUAGAGAAGAAAAGUAGAGAUAGAAAAUGAUUAUGUCCAGUAUAGCAUUUUUUCUUCAUUGCGACAUCAUUUUCAUGGCAUUCAGCCCCUCACCCUCCUUUUCUUAUCACCAUAAUGUGUCCAUAUUUAGUUUUUUUGCUAAUUUUUAUAAUUCUAAAUUGGUGGAAAAAAAUGUAAACAGUAAAAAUUUUGUAUAACUAAAUAUACCCUGGGCUGCUUAAUUGGCACAAAAUUAUGCCUCUGGUCCCAGUUAGGAUUCUUUAUUCAGUAUGUAGUUAUACCACAGUACUCUUUUCUUGUAAUGCACUAAAUGUUGGUGUUUGUACGAAUAACAAUGUAAACUUACUUAGGGUUAAUGAUGAGCUCAGUUCUUCUGCCACAACCGUAGAGUUCAUCCUCUCUGCAGUAGCUGUAUUAUCAACAAGGAAAAGUUGACAUGUACACAAUUCCACCAAGCAUCUAUUGCGGAGUUAUUUGGAGAUAGUAGCAUUGACAUUUCAAGCAAUUAUCCUGUGACACAUUGUGUUGAUCAUAUUGGUACUUUAUUUAUACUUGGCACAAUCUACAAUUUUGAAUCAAGGCAUCUUGUUUUUUGAGUUGAUAAAGCAUCUGUAAUGUUUGCUGCUGCCAGUCUUAAAAUCAUCUAUCUUCACAUCAGUUGAACAGUAAAUGCCAUUGUUGGUUUAGUUCAAGACUGUUGGAUCUUACACAGACAGCUGGUUGUUAAAAUGAUUGUGAAUCUUACACUUUCAUGAUUAUUUGUAAUGGUUCUUGUUGUCUAUUUGUGCUGUACUGCUUUGCUUUUGGACCAAUGCCCUUUUAGGCCAAAAAUAAAAGAACAAAAAUUAGAAAAAGAAGUGCUGUUGUCUUCCAAGAAGAUGGUGAAAUUGUGAUUUAUGGGUCAAAUAAAAAUGCACAUUGAUUUGAA